AUGACUGAUCCCACGUACACAGUCUUCGUUCGACUGCCCAUUCUGCGGGGCGAGUUCGUGGAUCCCCCUCCGGUCAACUGGGAUUCCGCCAAAGACGAUGUGCUAUGGAACAUCCUUUCUGGCGCAGCUAAGCAGGAGAUUGACUGGAAUGAACUAGCCGCACAUUUCGAUGUGACUGUCGACUUCCUUCUUCAACAAGUAGCCUACUUGACCGAAAGACACACUGCGCAGCUUCGGGCUCAGGUCCGGAAAGCCACAGCUGCUGCAAAGGGCUCCUCUGCUCCCUCUCCCGUCCCCGGCGCCGAGCCACACCCGCACCAACGGACCGUCUCGGCGCUAUCCAUCCGCCGCGAUUCGCCGCUUCCCCGGAAUGAUACCAGCACGCCAGCGACACCCAUAACGAGCUCUCUCCGGCCAAAUAUCACACGAAAUGCGUCCUCGGGUACGAUAACACGCAACCUCGGCGGCGGCUCCUCGGCCCGCCAGAACAAGCCGGCCACCUCGCGGCCUUCUAACGACAACCAGCGACAUCGCCUGUCAUCGCUCCCCAUCCAGACUACAUCCCGAAGCCCCGAACCGACCUCGCCUGACGCAGGUGAGCUGAGCUCGCCCACCUCCUCGGAUGACGAGUCCAGCCCAGCGCAAUCGCGCAUCAUCCGUCGCCCACCUCGCUUCCAGCAGCGUGACGGAGCGGCCGAUCUCGAAGAUGAAGAUGAGGACACCGAACCUGCCUUCCUUCAAUACAAGCCGCAAUCAUCCAACACAUCCGCACAAGACAUGGGUUCGACUUUGCGGGGCGACCCCCGAAACGCCCGACGGACACCAAAAGGCAAGGAGAAGAUACACCACUCGGAGACAUCAGAUUCGUCGACCAGUUCGCCCGCCAUGGUCUCCAGGGGCCCCUCUACAGGAGAUCGGCGCCCAGCUGGUCCCCUUUCUCCGCGGCGUCCAGCCGAAUUGUCCGGCAAGAGUCCAAGUAGAAAAGGGUACUCGCGAGACGGGAGCGACGGCACGCCAAGUAUGGGCAGCAGCUUCAGUGAUUUGGAUGACGCCUCGGUAACGCAGUCCGCUCUCGAGGAAGCCCUGGCGAGUAAGAUGCAAGACGGCGCCAUCGGGAGUAGAUUCAGCAUCAGCCAAGCGUUCAGAAGUCGUUACAUGCCCAAGCCCGGUCAGCAGUAG